AUGGGAUCUUCUUCUGGGCAAAGUGCAUACGAUCUAUCUUUCAAGGUCUUAUUGAUUGGAGAUUCUGGUGUCGGUAAAAGUAGCUUGCUUCUCAGCUUCAUUUCCAGUUCUGUCGAGGAUCUUGCUCCCACCAUCGGUGUUGAUUUUAAGAUCAAACAGCUGAAAAUAAGAGGGAAAAGAGUAAAGCUUACUAUCUGGGACACAGCUGGACAAGAAAAGUUCAGAACAUUGACGAGUUCUUAUUUCAGAGGCUCCCAAGGAAUCAUUCUCGUUUAUGAUGUGACGAAAAGAGAGACGUUUCUAAACUUAGCAGAUGUUUGGGCUAAAGAGAUUGAGCUCUACUCGACUAACCAUGACUGUAUCAAGAUGCUCGUUGGCAACAAAGUCGAUAGAGAAUCUGAGAGGAAAGUUAGCAGAGAAGAAGGAAUGGCUCUAGCGAAAGAACUCAAGUUUUUGUUUCAUGAAUGUAGCGCAAGAACCCGAAAAAACGUGAAGCAGUGCUUUGAAGAGCUUGCUUUGAAGGUACGAAAGAAUCUUGUUGAUGAUAUUCUUUUCACUUUCAUAGUGAUAAUGGAGGUACCUAGUCUCUUGGAAGAAGGAUCAAUCUCUCUGAAAAGAAAACCGGAUAACCGAACUCAUCAAAGCCGGUGUUGCUCGUGA